AUGACAGUUGUCAUUUACAAGACUUGGGUCAAAACCCAUAGACUCUCCUCUUCUGAUAAGAUCCUCUUCACCCUGGGCAUCACCAGAUGUCUCAUGCUGGCAUUAUUUAUGCUGAACAUUUUGUUCAUCUUUUUAAAUGCUGAAAGGUUAGUCUCCUUUUCUAGAGUUUUAUCAUUGUGUUGGAAGUUUUUGGAUGGUUGCAGUCUCUGGUUGGUGACCUUGCUCAACGGCUUGUACUGUGUGAAGAUUACUAACUUCCGAUGCUCAGUGUUCCUUCUGCUGAAACGGAGUAUCUCCACAAAGAUCACCAGACUGCUACUCGGCUGUCUGCUGAUAUCUACUUUCACUACCCUCCUGUGCCUUGUGGUCAGACUGAUACCAUAUUUUCCUGAAUCUGUGACUAGGAGAAAUGACACGUUCUUUGACAUCAAGGAGGGCAUCUUGACUUUUGCAGCCUCUUUUGCCUUGAGCUCAUUAUUCCAGUUUAUCCUUAAUGUGACUUUUGCUUCCUUGCUAAUACAUUCCUUGAGACGACAUCUACAGAGGAUGCAGAGAAACUCCACUAGCUUCUGGAAUCCCCAAACUGAUGCUCAUGUAGGUGCCAUGAAGCUGAUGAUCUAUUUCCUCAUCCUGUACAUUCCAUAUUCAAUUGCUACCAUGCUCCACCUCCCUUCUUACAUAAUGAUGGAUUUCAGUGUCAGAGCCAUUUGUUCAAUAAUUUCUACUGUUUACCUUCCAGGACAUUCUAUUCUAAUCAUUCUCACACAUCUCAAACUGAAAACAAAAGCAAAGAAGAUUCUUUGUUUCAAGAAAUAG